AUGAUAUACACCUUGUGGUACCUGGGUACCUGGCUAUUCACCACGCCUCCCCUCACGAGAAAGAGAAAGGCGGCCGAGGCGACGCUUGUAGACAACGCGACCACAGCAGCAGCGAUAGCAGCCGCCACCACCACCUCCUCCGAUACUAACGUCGCCUUCGCGCCCGCCGCCACCGCACCCUGCUCUUCUGACAAAUCCACCCGGAAAAAGCUCAAGUCGACCGACCGGGACCCCGACACCGAAUCCCUUGCUGCGAUCUCCAACGGCCUCUCGGAUCUGUUGGAGGAGGAGAAGAAGUCGAAGGCGACUGAUCUCGUUACCCCUGCGUCGACCAGCAUGGAGUCCGACGAGGAUUUCAUGAGCGUCGGUUCCAGUCCCGAUGACUUUCUAGACACCCAAGGCAGUGAUGUCGAGAGCCUGGGCGACGAUUUCGGUGACGACUUUGACGGCGGGUUCUCCAAAGACAAGGAUAUCAUCGCGACGAAACGGAAGCCGUACGAGGUGGAAUUCAAAGUCUUGAGCCCGGACGAUAUCGAGCGGCAGCAGAAUGUGCAGAUCAACGAGGUUUCCUCGAUUCUCGGCCUGCCCCCAGAGUCGUCGGCCAUCCUGUUGCGGUACGGACGGUGGAAACGCGAGAAGUUGAUCGAGUCGUAUAUGGAUCAUCCGGAAGAGACCCUGGAGGAGGCGGGCCUGGGGACCAACUUUGAGGGAACGCCGAAGACCGAGGUGGUAUCCGGGUUCGUGUGUGAGAUUUGCUGCGAGGAUGGCGACGAGCUCGAGACGUAUGCUAUGCGCUGCGGGCACCGCUUCUGCGUUGACUGCUAUCGCCACUACCUGGCCCAGAAGAUUCGCGGGGAGGGUGAGGCAGCGCGGAUCGAAUGUCCCGGCAAUGACUGUCACAUGAUUGUGGACUCGAAAUCAUUAGGAUUGCUUGUGACGGAUGAUCUACGGGAAAGAUACAAAGCUCUUCUCAUGCGGACGUACGUCGACGACAAAGAUAAUCUCAAAUGGUGCCCUGCACCGGAAUGUGUAUAUGCGGUGGACUGUCCUAUCAAGCAGCGUGAUCUGCGCCGCAUUGUGCCCACAGUCCAGUGCGACUGUAAGCACUACUUCUGUUUUGGAUGUACACUCAACGACCAUCAGCCUGCACCAUGCAUGCUGGUCAAGAUGUGGCUGAAGAAGUGUGAGGAUGAUUCCGAGACCGCGAACUGGAUCUCCGCCAACACGAAAGAGUGCCCGAGAUGCCAUUCAACGAUCGAGAAGAACGGUGGCUGCAACCACAUGACGUGUCGAAAGUGCAAGCAUGAGUUUUGCUGGAUGUGUAUGGGACUGUGGUCGGAGCAUGGCACUAGCUGGUACAACUGCAACCGGUACGAGGAGAAAUCCGGGUCCGAGGCCCGCACUGCGCAGGCGCGAUCUCGGGAGUCGCUGGAGCGGUACCUCCACUACUACAACCGAUAUGCCAACCACGAGCAGUCGGCCAAGCUGGAUAAGGACCUGUACCUGAAGACGGAGAAGAAGAUGACCAGUCUUCAGUCGCAAUCCGGUCUCUCGUGGAUCGAAGUCCAGUUUCUGGACACCGCAUCGCAGGCACUGCAACAAUGCCGACAGACCCUGAAGUGGACGUAUGCGUUUGCCUACUACCUCGCGCGCAACAACCUGACCGAGAUCUUCGAGGACAAUCAGAAGGAUCUAGAGAUGGCCGUGGAGAGUCUGAGUGAGAUGUUCGAGAAACCGGUACCAGAGCUCGCAAAACUGAAGGUCGAUAUUUUGGACAAAACGGCUUACUGUAACAAACGGCGGGUGAUUUUGCUGAGCGACACAGCAGAGAAUUUGAAAAAUGGAGAAUGGUCAUUUAAUGUGGAUUGGUAG